CCCACGUAGAAGAAGAACAAUCAAACAGAGUGUUCACUUCUUACAAAAGAAUGGAUAGAUAUGGAGCUUUGAUUCUUAUUUUGCUCAUCUCCGUUUCUCAUCUUGUUUCAUUCUCAACGGCUAGAAAUUUUCCAGGAGAGUUUUUACCGGUGACAGAUGGCAUAAUCAUCUCCGGAGAGGUAUCUGCUCUCUCCAAGACGGUCAACGCGAAGCUGGCGACGGUGGUGGGGUGCAAAAGCGAGGAUGAUCACUUCAUGGCGGGAUAUUCGUCUUCUCCAGGAGUCUAUGCAGCCGGAAUAUACGGGUCGUUGGUGCUGAACGUUCUUCCAAAAGGGUCAGUUCCGGCGUCUGGGCCCAGCAAGAGAAUCAACGACGUCAAGACUUAACAAUAGACUACGUACUAUCUUAGAUCUUAGUCACCAUCCUCAUGACUAAAAGUCAUGUAUGACAAAAGCAAUUUUCCUAUAGAUAUUCUUUAUUUUUAAGAAUUUUUUUUUUGUUUUUGCAGAACUGUAAACAUUAAAUUCUAUAGUUAACCCAAAUUAUAUAGU